AUGGGGUCAACAAAUUUGACCAACAGCAUUGAUGAACACAGUUUAAAUUUCACACAAGCUCCUUUCGCUGAACAUCAUCAAUUACCAUUCUCCAGUAUCAUUGGUUCUUUCUUUACAAGCAUAAUAGCCUGCACAGCGCUCGUUGGUAAUCUUGCCGUCAUUAUUACUACAUUAUGGAUUGAAAACCUUCGAUCUCAAAGCGGAAAUAUCCUUAUUGUGUUUCUUGCUUGCAUUGAUGUUUGGACGGCAAUAUUCGUCAUGAUACCUUCAGCUAUAGCUGUAGCAACAGAUGGUUGGCCAUUUGGAGACACAUUAUGCAGAAUAAAUGCUGUAUUUAAUUAUUUGUGUGCCUGUGCUUCAUCGUACAUUACAGCCAUGAUAAGUUUUGACAGAGCUGUGGCUGUACUGUUUCCUUUAAGAUAUAAUUCCUGGAUGACUAGAAAGGCCAUGAUAUCUAUCUGCUUGUGGAUAAUCGGAAAUACUGGUUCAGUUGCAAUAAUGAACGGCUCAAGUUCAAAUUUAUCAUAUGAUUAUUAUGAGGCUGCAUGCGCUCUUCCUUAUCGAGAAUAUUUCGGAAGAGUUGCCACCUAUUGUGGUUGCUGCAUUUGUUAUGCAGUGCCUGCUAUGGUAAUGUUCACCUGUAAUGUACUAAUUUUUCUGCAAAUUAGAAAGAGCUCCAACAAGGUCAUUGGUAUUCACAUUUCUCAUGUUGGCAAUCGUUCUGAAGAGUUGACAGUUAAAAAAAGAAAGGACUCAGAAAUGUGGAAGUCGAUCUAUAGCAUGAUUGCUAUAAUAACUGUUUAUUAUAUAUGCUUCUCACCUUAUGCUCUUGCAAAGCUUGUUAAAGCCCUUUUAGAUGCUUAUGCAUUCCCGUGGGUCGAUUAUCCUAUUACAAUACUAGUUUUUGUUUCCUCCGCUACUAAUCCAUUCAUUUAUGGGAUACUAAGGAAAGAUUACAGAGAGGGAUUUAAGAAAAUACCCAGACUAGUUAAGGAGAAGUUAUACUGGUAA